AGCCCUUAAAACAGGAGCGCCAGAAAAAACCUGCAAGGAAGAAGAAGAGAGAGGUGCCAGUGGAGAUCGAGAAGUGACGAUCUGAGAAGCCGAAGAGAAGAGAUCACCGGAGGCGGCGAUGUGGCGGUGCUCCAGCUUUCUUUUUUCCCUCGUUCGACCAUUAAACCGUCGUAUCCAUCCCCAAUUGGCUUUGAACAGGUUUGAAUUUGCGCAACAUUUCUUCACCACGGAAAUCUUGAGGACGGCUAAUGAGGGUGUCUUUUCUAAGCGCACGAGUCCCUUCAUUGCAUUUGUCCUGGGGGGACCUGGAAGUGGGAAAGGAACACAAUGCAUGAUGAUUGCGGAUACCUUUGGAUUUACACAUCUAAGUGCUGGUGAUUUGUUGAGGAAGGAAAUGGUUUCUGAUGGUGAAAAUGGGGUAAUGAUCCGCAAUUCAAUUAAGGAAGGGAAAAUAGUUCCAUCUGAGAUAACAAUCAGGUUAAUCCAAAAAGCUAUCGAAUCAAGUGAGAACUAUAAAUUUUUGAUUGAUGGAUUCCCAAGAAGCGAUGAAAACCGUAUUGCUUUUGAAAGGAUAGUUGGAGUAGAACCUGAUCUUGUACUGUUUUUUGAAUGUCCUGAAGAGGAGAUGAUGAAACGUGUUUUAAGCCGUAAUCAGGGAAGAAUUGAUGAUAACAUUGAGACGGUGAAGAAACGCCUUCAAGUGUUUCACACGCUAAACCUUCCUGUUGUUAACUACUACUCUAGGAAGGGUAAAGUUCACAAGAUAAAUGCAGUGGGGACUCUGGAUGAGAUCUUUGAAAAAGUUCGCCCUCUAUUUGCUGCUUUCAGCAAGGAUGGGCCGAGGAAUUGACUCAGAACAAGCAAGGGGAGAGUUUUUAUCCCAGUUUUGAUGUGCAAGAAUUAAGGAAGGAGUUCUUCAUGCUUUAAUGCCUACAUUAUUGUCUUUUACCAUACCUGCCAAUACAAAUAAGGAACAGCGAGACCAUUCAAUGUCCAAAAAUUCCACAGUUGAAUUCUGUGGUUUAAAAAAAUGAAUCGUGCACAAUAUUUCAUUUUAGUGAA